AUGUCGUCCGAUAAGCGCCCAAACAUCCUGUUCAUAAUGGCUGAUGACCAUGCCUCUAAAUCUAUCUCCUGCUACGGCGCAGGAAUCAACCACACACCGAAUCUCGAUCGACUUGCUACAGAAGGUAUGAAAUUCAAUCAUUGCUAUGUCACCAACAGCAUUUGCACCCCAUCUCGCGCCGCGAUUUUAACCGGAACCCACAAUCAUGUGAACGGCGUCAUGACACUGGAUUCCAAAAUCAACAAAUAUAUUCCAAAUGUUGCGAAGCACUUGCGAACCGGAGGCUACCAGACUGCGAUGGUGGGAAAGUGGCACCUUGGUGAAGGGAAAGCUCACGAGCCCACUGGCUUUGAUUACUGGGAAAUUGUCCCUGGCCAAGGCGAAUAUUUCGAUCCGGAAUUUAUUGGUUCAGAUGGUAUUCACCGAGAGACUGGGUACGCGACCGACAUCAUCACCGAUAAGAGUAUUGAUUGGAUCAAAUCUCGUGACAAGUCAAAGCCAUUCUUUCUCAUGUGUCAUCAUAAAGCGCCGCAUCGCAGCUGGGAGUGUGAUCCGAAGCACAAGAACUUGUACAAGGACCCCGUUCGCCUACCGGAUACAUUCACAGAUGAUUACAAGAAUCGUGCGAAAGCGGCAGCAAUAGCAAAGAUGCGUGUUGCUGAGGACAUGACCUAUCUAGACCUAGGUCUAGCUCAGCCGGAAGGCCCUAGCUCCGUUGUCGGCGAAAAGCUGUUCAAUUCUUGGUGGAAUAAUGACCGAAAGGUCCCAGACCCUGAGGAUGUGACUUCACUGAAGUUAAUCGACAAAGAUGAUGGCACUGUAUUCACCUUCAAAACACGCAAGGAACUCUCCGAGUUUAAAUUCCAGCGGUACAUGCAGCGAUAUCUUCGUACAAUUCAAAGCAUCGAUGACAACGUGGGUCGUAUGCUUCAAUAUCUCGAUGACGAGGGUCUGACUGAAAAUACUAUUGUCAUUUACACAUCCGACCAAGGAUUCUUCCUCGGAGAACACGGUUGGUUUGAUAAGCGUCUUGUGUACGAGAACAGCUUUAACAUGCCAUUCCUUAUCCGAUAUCCACGCGAGAUUGCUGCCAACAGCGUUUGCAACGACAUAAUUUCCAAUGUUGACUUUGCCUCAACAUGGCUGGACUUUGCGGGACUCCGGAAACCGACAUACAUGCAAGGCGUGAGCUUCCGAAACCUCUUACAGGGACAAACCCCCCCCCGACUGGCAACAAGUCGCAUAUCAUCGCGUUAUAAGAUUAUCUACUGGUAUAACGAGGACUUUGGCAUUGAGGGCACCCGACCGGGCGGAGAAGAGAAAGAGUGGGAAUUAUUUGAUCUAGAAGAGGAUCCCUUAGAACUUUUCAACCGUUAUCACGAAGAGAAAUAUGUGGAUAUUGUAAAGCACAUGACCGAGAUUUUGGACAAGAAGAUGGAAGAAAUUGGGGAUGAGCCUGUUCAUUCAAAGCUUGACACAAAAUAG